CGUACGUGGCGGUUGUUGUACGGAAAACGUUACCUUUUACAUCGGAUCGAGAAGUCACAUUUUAUCAGCUUUUGUUUAGUUUCGUUAUUUUAAUCUUUUUAUACAUUUCCACUGAGGGGCUGACUAUUCAUUCAGUAGAUUUCAGUAACAUUUCCAUAUAUUCAGUUGGGGGUCUUCUUUGUAGUGUCUAUGUUGUGUUUUUUUAUUUCAUGUAAAAAAAUUGCCGCGGUGAUAAAAUACCAGUGGAAAUAAAGUGUAUAUGGGAAUGAUGACAAACAGAUAUAAAAGAACUUCAGACACAACAACAACGUAAAAAGCAAAAAACCAUGUGGUUUCUAUAGCAAGAAUUACUUUACAUUGGUCUGUCCGUUAACCUACCGCAUGAGUAAAACGGUGGAAAGACGAAGCCCCCACUACACCUUAAUGACAUUGUGCCACAUACCAAAAUUAUUUCGUUUAUUUUAUUUUCAAGACCCCAAAAUAACGACAAUAACAAAAACAUCAACAAUAUACAAAACCUAUACAUGGUAAAAAAGUGAAGCGUAGACUAAAAUAUCAGCAGCAACUGCCGAAGCCCAACGGCAUAAUUUAAAGAAGCGAAGCGGCCGAGUUGUAUUGUUUUGAGAAAGAGUAUCAGCCAUCAUCCACACUGAAAGACAAAAAGUUCUUACACACUUAUUCGUUUUAUGCAUCUGUUCUCUGAUAAGCUCGAUACACUCUUCAAGCGUAACCGAAAAAGCAGAUGAAAUAUUUCGGUUUGGUUACCUUUGCUGUUUGCAACUCACACCAAACAGAAAAUCAAUAGCAUCAACAACAACAAAGUAUACAAAAAGGAAUUUACGAAGAAUCCUUCGUUCACUAGAAAAUAGCUCGUGCGCACGCGCUUAAGAAUAUUUCAAUCUCCCAAUUAAAUUCUUAAAGUAAUGGCUCGAGUUCAGGCCGGUGAUAAUUUGGUGCCACGUCAAGUAUUUGAUAUGCCCGGUACAACAGACAACAGCAAAGAUAUGCAGAGCUGCGAUAGUUCCAGUCAAGGUUCCGGUGUUAAACUGAAGAAACGCAUUGGCCUGCUAGAUGGUGUAGCAAUUAUAGUGGGUGUCAUUGUGGGUGCUGGUAUUUUUGUGAGCCCCAAAGGUGUUCUACUCUAUUCCGGGUCCAUAGGCCAAUCAUUGGUUGUAUGGGUGCUAUGCGGUGUCUUGAGUAUGGUUGGAGCGUUGUGCUAUGCAGAAUUGGGAACUAUGAUCCCAAAAUCGGGAGGUGAUUAUGCCUACAUCGGUACAGCUUUUGGUCCAUUGCCAGCCUUUUUAUAUUUAUGGGUAGCUCUGUUAAUUUUGGUGCCCACGGGAAAUGCUAUAACAGCGUUAACUUUUGCUCAAUAUCUGCUGCAACCAUUCUGGCCAUCCUGCGAUGCCCCAGCUGUACCAGUGCAGCUGCUGGCAGCUGUCAUAACAUGCAUUUUGACGGUUAUAAAUUGCUACAAUGUCAAAUGGGUAACUCGCGUCACUGACAUAUUCACCGGAACCAAAGUAUUUGCAUUGCUGGUCAUUGUAGCGGCUGGAGUCUGGUAUCUUUUUUCCGGCAACACUGACCAUUGGGAUGAACCUAUGAAUGGUACAUUCACCUCGCCCGGUUUCAUAGCAUUGGCCUUUUAUAAUGGCCUUUUCUCAUAUUCGGGAUGGAACUAUUUAAACUUUGUUACCGAAGAACUGAAGGACCCGUACAGAAAUUUACCAAAAGCCAUCUGCAUUUCCAUGCCAGUGGUGACCAUUAUUUAUGUAAUUACAAAUGUUGCCUAUUUUUCCGUACUGUCCACCGAUGAGAUAUUGUCCUCCGAUGCAGUGGCUGUAACUUUUGGCGAUAAAAUGUUGGGAUUCAUGUCGUGGCUAAUGCCGUUCUUUGUGGCUUGCUCUACAUUCGGUUCACUCAAUGGCGCCAUCUUUGCCUCAUCCCGUUUGUUCUUUGUUGGUGCCCGUAAUGGUCACUUGCCAGCAGCUAUUUCCCUUAUAAAUAUUAAUUGUUUGACUCCAGUACCGUCGUUGAUAUUUUUGUGUAUUUUGACCCUUAUUUUACUGUUCAUCAAGGAUGUGUAUGCACUCAUCAAUUACGUAAGCUAUGUGGAGGCAUUGUUUACACUGAUAUCUGUUUCUGGCUUAUUAUGGCUGCGGUACAAACAACCCAAGACGGAGAGGCCUAUUCGGGUCAAUUUGGCAUUGCCCAUAUUAUUCCUAGUCAUCUGCCUCUUCCUUGUGAUCUCAUCGGUCUUCCAAUCCCCAGUUGAGGUUGGCGUUGGCACAGCGAUUAUACUCUCUGGCAUUCCAGUAUAUUACAUGACAAUAUAUCGUCCAGUCGAGUGGCUGACGAACACAUCGCAGGCGAUCAAUAUGUGGUGUUCAAAAUUUUUUAUUUGCAUGCCAAACCAAGAGAAAUUCGAUUGAUCGAAUUUAUUAUUAGAUAUUAAAGUAUCAUUAACGCUAAUCGUAAUGAAACCAUAAAAGACUAAUUCAGACCUAUAUCUUGUAUAUUACAAAAGAAAAUUACCAAGGAAAAACUUCCUCAAACACACACACACACACACACACAUCAAGAAUUAUACUACACAGUGCCUUUAGAUUUGCAGCUUUUGCUAUCCUUUUUCCACAAAUAACAACAUGUUUUGGCUUUAGGUUAGGUUGAAAAGAGGUUGCGGAUAUUAAUCCGCCCCAUGCCACUAUGGGCAUACAUCUAAGCCAGUAAUCGGCUUGUGUUUGGGCUUUAUAUUGAUCACUAUUUUACCAACACAUUUUAGUAUUAGUACAUAAUAAUUUAUUCCCCUUACGUUUGUUUUUGUUGAUUUUAAACCUCCAUCUUACGAUAAUUGCUGAUUUUUUAUUUUAGUACUAUAUAGUGCAAGGCAUGAUAAUCGGUUUUUAUUAUCUGGUAUCUCAUGAUAUCAACAACUACCCGGUACAACUUUCCACUUACAGACACCAUCCAAUUUCAUACAUCCUCCAACCUCACCCUUGGUAUGGCUGAACUGCUGUGUAUUUUAUUCCAUAUAAAAUAUGCAUGCAGUGGUACAAAUGUAUGGAGGGUGUGGUUUGAGGUAUAGUUUUGUGUUAAAACCUCCCAUUCGGGAACGAGUACCUCUCAAUCGUGAACGGCUCAAAACUAGUAUGAAAGUUUUCACUAUUAAAAUUUACCACUGAGUAUUUUAUAACAACUACAACAUGCUGCGGUACAAAUUUACAAAGGGUGUGGUUAGAGGUGUAGACUUUUGUUUAGGCCUCCCAUUCGCGAAUGGUUUAAAUAAAGUUUUUAAUUAUUACAAAAUUCCAUUCGGAAUAACACAUACGAAGAUAUCAUUGAGUUUCUCCUACAAUUUCUAAAUACUAUACAUUUAUAAUAAUAUACAGAACAUGUGACUUGCACUAAAGACUAAGACUAAAACAAAAGACAGCAAAUAGUAAUGCAGAACCAAUCUUAUCAAGCAAAAAAAUGCAUUUCAGUUCAAAGUAAUAUAUCGUAUGUACAAUAACAUCCUAUGGAAAUCCAAUAGAAAACUUCUAAGUAUACAUCGUUGAAUUUAGUGCAUAAGAUUAUUUUUUUUUAUAAUGAUAAAUAAGUAUUUACUUUGUGUAAAAUUUUUUAUGUAAGUCAGUCAAUUGUACAACUCGAAAUCAUAAUUAU